CGUGUGUGUCCCGCCCCUCUCCAGCGGCGCAGAGGAGGCAGGGGCGGACCACGAUGCCCGGCUUGCGGUCGCUGCCCUCCCGCCCGCAUGGACACCGCAGCCCGUAGCGGGGCUUCCGCACCGCACCGCGGGGUUAAUAUAUUUUUGAACGGUGUCUCCCCAAGAAGUGUGAUGAGAAAUGGCUUUAGGAAACAACACCCAGAGAAGUUACUCCAUCAUCCCCUGUUUCAUCUUUGUUGAGCUUGUCAUCAUGGCUGGGACUGUUCUGCUUGCCUACUACUUCGAGUGCACUGAUACUUUUCAAGUGCAUAUCCAAGGUUUCUUCUGUCAGGAUGGCAAUUUGAUGAAACCAUACCCUGGAACAGAGGAUGAGAGCUUUAUUUCACCCCUUGUGCUCUACUGUGUGCUGGCUUCAACUCCGACAGCUAUUAUUUUUAUUGGUGAGAUAUCCAUGUAUUUCAUAAAGUCAACCAGAGAAGCCCUAAUUAUGCAAGAGAAAACUAUUUUGACUGGAGAGUGCUGUUACCUGAACCCACUGCUUCGAAGAAUAAUACGUUUUAUAGGAGUGUUUGCAUUUGGACUUUUUGCUACUGACAUAUUUGUAAAUGCUGGCCAGGUUGUGACUGGCAACUUGGCUCCAUACUUCCUGACUGUGUGUAAACCCAAUUACACUGGAAAUGACUGUCGGACCCACCACCGGUUCAUAAACAGUGGCAACAUCUGCACCGGGGAUGUGGAGGUGAUUGAAAAGGCAAGGAGAUCCUUUCCAUCCAAACAUGCUGCUUUGAGCAUCUACUCAGCUUUAUAUGCCACGAUGUACAUCACAAGCACAAUUAAAACAAAGAGUAGCAGGCUAGCCAAACCUGUGCUGUGUCUGGGUACCCUGUGUGCUGCCUUCCUCACUGGGCUAAACCGAGUUUCUGAGUAUCGGAACCACUGUUCGGACGUGAUUGCGGGCUUCAUUUUGGGAAGUGCAGUAGCUUUGUUUUUGGGGAUAUGUGUUGUCCAUAACUUUAAAGGCACCCAUGGAGCUCCUUCUAAACCGAAGCCUGAAGACCCACGCGGAAUGCCACUAAUGGCUUUUCCAAGGGUGGAAAGUCCACUGGAGACACUGAGUGCACAGAACCACUCUGCCUCUAUGACUGAAGUAACCUGAGAUGGACAACUGGCAACAGAAGCUAUUUUUUAUUACCCUUCAGUACAAUAUUUCAAGACACACAGUUACUAAAUGUCAAACUGUGAUGACCAGUAUUAUGUUAUGUCUAGUUAGAGGCUAAUGUUUUGUACAUUUUUUGUAUGAGGAAGUGAUGUAGCUUGCCCUGAUUUUUUUGUCAGCUUUAAUAUUAUUAUGCCAGAAUUUAAAAGCAAAAUAGAAAAAGAAAAAAGGAAAAAAAAAAAAAAAAAAAAAAACUUGUUUAAAGUGUGCACUGAGGAACUACAUCUAUGGAAUUGUUGGUGUUGUUAUGUGAUAUUUGUACACAGAUUUUUUUUCAUUUUUGAAUUUAUAUAUCUUGAGAAAAAAAAUCACUUUUACCUUUUCUUACCAUAAAAAGUGCUUCUACAAGUGGGUCAGAUUCUGAUCUUAGUAAGCUCAGCAUAGAUCUGAAGUAAUUGUGUAUAUUUAAUUCAGAUGAAAAUAAUGGUUAUCAGGAAUCUAACCCAAAUGAGAAUGAUACUAUCAACAAGUAAGCAUCCAGCCUUGAUUCAGUGAGUUGCUUAAGCAUUCCUUAGCAUUAUGGACUUCAAUUAGCCAUGCAGUUUCCAGACUAAUUGGCAGAAUUUGAAGUGUAUCCUUAAGCAUCUUACUGAAUCAGAGCCUGAUUGUUCUAGUGUGGGUGAUUGUGCUAGUUAUUGAAGAAUAACUAAAAUGACAUACUAGGUCUGCAAUAUAGACAGACUGGACAUGAAAAUUUAUAGUAGUAGCUGAUAGCAUGUGAGCUGACUAUAACACGUCACUAGAGCUCUGUUCCUCCCUGAGGCCCAGCUAAAGUUCCCAGUGAAACCUGGCUUCAGGAAUUGACUAUGGGGAUAUACAGCCAUCACUGUGGAGCGGAGGCUGCGCUUUAAGUGUUUCAUAACUUCAUCAUAGAUUUGUGGGGUAACAGGUAACACUGGUGUAAAGGAAAAGUGACACCGCUUCUUCAAUGAAGUGGCAUUACUGGGCAUUCAGACUGGCAUGACCAAGAAGCCAAUUUUGCCCUGACAUUGUAGUUUUCACCAAGGGGCGUUGGCAAAUCAAAAAUAAAAACAAACAAAAAUCACUAAAACUGACACCGUCUGUAAUAGCAGUCUGCAUAUUUUGUAAAUCCUGCCAUACAGAACUUGUAUCAAUACUGCUAUUUUAAAGUUCAGAAACGUUGUUUAAGGAAUAAAAAAAUAAUGGGGGGUGGGAGGGGACAUGCAGAGGGGAA